CCGCUCGCCAUAAGUCUAAACAAACGCAUUAAACAUGUUGGAUAUAAAUGAGACCCAGCAAUGAAAUAGAAACCCCAUACACAUCAAUACAUCAUAUGAUAGUUCUAGUUUGUAGCUUUGAAAAAUACAACAAAACAAUAUAGAUAAUGGAGGUCCAGUAUGAGAGAGAAGUAGAAGAAGUGAUUGGUGUAGAUUUACAGACAAGAAGAAGGUCAUCAAAUUCUCACCUUUCAAAAAAAACCAAUAUUAUUACUAGUGAUUUAAGUGACACUAGUAAUUUUGAGUAUUCUGUAAGUAUGGAAAAUACUAAUAAAAUUACUAGUAAUAAUAAAAAUGGUACUAUUAUUAUUACAAAUGGUGAAAAACCCAAAAUUAUUGAGGGUAGAUCUGCUGGUGAAGAGAAAUUGGCCAACUUUGAUGAGCAUAAUGUAGCUCAAAAUGAAGACACCAAUGGAUUCACUGUAAAUCCUAAUGGGGGUCAUGCUGAUAAAUUCUCUCUUCCAGAGAACAAUGGAGGAGAUAGGGAAACCGAUAUCGAAUCAAAUACUUCUAGUGUCACUAAGAACCCAGAAAUUUCUUCUGGCCUCAGAUUUGUGUUGGAUGAUAGUUCAAAUGGGGACAAUGUCAAGUCGUCUGAGUUUUAUAAUGGUGAAAACAUGGUGAACAAAACUCAAGUUAUAAGUGAUCAGAAUGAAAUUGUUGAAACAGGUCAAUCUCAAGAAGUUGAGCCAGAGAUAGAUGAAUAUGAAGUUGAGAGGGUGAUAAGAAAGCAGGAAACACAUGACUUAAUUUGUCCUAAUUGUAGAGAAUGUAUAACCAAAAGAGUCAUACUUAAAAGGAGGAAACGUACAUACGCUAAAAUUUCCGAAGAUGAGCCAAAUAUUGGCCGAAUUCCCCAUCCUAUAGAUCCUGAUACAGACAAAGGAAAGCCAGAAAAUAAACUUCCUUCAGGUGAACAGGCUAGUGACAGUAUUGAUGCCGUUUCGUGCUUUUCAUGCUUCAGCAUUUUUGUUCCGAAAGGAGAUGGGUUUUUAUGCUGGAGAUUCAAGCCUAAGUCAACUGUUACUCUGCAGCCAGGCCAAUCAGUUGACACAUCAGCCGGCUCCAUGGAUUCAGCAGCUCAACUAAAAGAGGAUGAGACAGGAAGAGUAUUUCCUAUGUGGAUCCUGACUUGUUGUCAACCAUCCCACACAGAGAGGCCAGGGAAGCCUGAACCAAAACCUUCACCAACUUCAGAAAGUGGUAAAAAAGUCCCAAGCGAACUUCCUUCACCGCCACCAUCUCAAGAAUUACCUGUUUCUAACAAACCUGGUGAAGUACCUGAAGAAACCCAGCCACCACCCACACCUGUAUCUCCAGUAACAUCUGACAGAGAUAAAGACUUUUCACUGUGGUUUUUGACCUGCUGUCAACCUUCCACUGAAGGAUUAAAACCAGACCAUGCACCAAUUACCGAUACAAAAGUUCCAAUACAUGAGAGUAGUUCUCCUGCUCCAGCUGAUGGAGCCCCUGUAACAGUUGACAGACAACCUCUUGUAGCACCUGAAGGAAGUACUUCUUGUGAUAGUGUAGUUACACCAGUGCCUCUCAAGCCAAAACCUGAUGGAGGGUUACCAAUACUAGCUAAGCCUGUACCUCACAUAAUACCCGAUGACAGUAUCCCAUCGCCACCAGACCUAAAGGCCCCUGAUACUUCUAAGCAAGAGUAUGUGAUCGUGCCAAUUGUUCCUCAACCCUCACCGAUCGAUGGAAUAAGGCCUACAACAGGCAUCGAGGAACCUCUCGUUAUACGUCAACCUGAACAUCCUAGACCUGGAUUUUCUGGAAUAGAUAUAAUCAAAGCCAUUGUCUAUGGUGGUCUCUUGGAAUGCAUCACCAGCCUAAGUGUCGUAAGUUCUGCUGCAGGCGGUGAUGCCACCACAUUGAAUAUUGUAGCUUUGGGACUCGCAAACGUCUUUGGAGGACUUGUUCUUCUUCUUCAUAAUCUAAGAGUGCUGAGACAUGAGCAUGCAACGGAACGCUAUAUAGAUCAAUUGGGGUCACCAGGGCACUUUAAGGUGCAUGCAGUUAUUGCUGUAUUAUCUUACCUUGUUUUUGGCCUUAUGUCUCCUAUCAUCUAUGGCUUUGCCUUCCGCUUGAGUGACAACAGGGACUACAAACUCGCUUCACUUGCAGCUGCUGCACUUGUUUGCAUCGCCAUUCUUUCUAUAGCAAAAGCAUAUGCCCGAAGUCCUCCAAAGGGAUACAUGCAAACUAUCUUCUAUUACAUUGGUGUUGGAUUUUCGGUCUCUGGGGCUGGAUAUGCUGCCGGUCAUCUCAUAAACGAACUACUGAAGAAGCUCGGUAUUUUUGACCCUAAGGCUCCUGUUGCGAUGUCUUUGUUUGAAGCAGGAGCCAUGAAGGGGGCAUGGUCAUCUUAUUGAUCACUAUUCGUAUCCGAGAGUUAUUUGUUGAUUUACUAGAAAUCAAAAGAGGGUGACUGAGGGAUGAUGCUUGAUCUCUGCAUCUGUAAUUAUAUAUUACUUGAAUCUUAGCUUAGGCUUCUACUCUUGUAGAGAGCACAAUAAUGAUAAUAUAUAGUCUAUCUUUUCUCGAGCUUCUAUGGUUAAACUUUGUACUCCCUCCGUCCCUAUUUGAUAGUCACUUAUUCCA